AUGGCUGAUGGUGAGGACAUCCAGCCUCUUGUCUCGACAAAUGGCACCGGAAUGGUCAAGGCUGGUUUUGCUGGUGACGAUGCACCAAGGGCUGUUUUCCCUAGCAUCGUCGGUCGUCCUCGUCACACUGGUGUCAUGGUAGGGAUGGGACAGAAGGACGCCUAUGUUGGUGACGAGGCACAGUCCAAGAGAGGUAUUCUCACGCUCAAGUACCCGAUUGAGCACGGUAUUCCAUAUACGUUAUGCGAUUCAAGCCGUGCUCUCCUCUAUGCUAGUGGGCGUACUACUGGUAUUGUUCUUGACUCUGGUGAUGGUGUGAGCCACACUGUGCCCAUUUACGAAGGAUAUGCCCUUCCUCAUGCCAUUCUUCGUUUGGAUCUUGCUGGUCGGGACCUCACGGACUCCCUCAUGAAAAUUCUCACUGAGAGGGGUUACUCCUUCACAACCUCUGCCGAGCGAGAAAUUGUAAGGGACAUCAAGGAGAAGCUUGCAUAUAUAGCCCUUGACUAUGAGCAAGAGUUGGAAACUGCCAAGAACAGCUCCUCAGUCGAAAAGAGCUAUGAACUACCUGAUGGUCAAGUAAUUACCAUCGGUGCAGAGAGAUUUAGGUGCCCUGAGGUCCUCUUCCAGCCGUCCAUGAUUGGUAUGGAGGCUGCUGGAAUCCAUGAGACAACAUACAAUUCAAUCAUGAAGUGCGACGUGGAUAUCAGGAAGGACCUCUACGGCAACAUUGUGCUCAGUGGAGGUUCAACUAUGUUCCCGGGUAUCGCUGAUCGUAUGAGCAAGGAGAUCACUUCCCUUGCACCAAGCAGCAUGAAGAUCAAGGUCGUUGCACCACCUGAAAGGAAGUACAGUGUCUGGAUAGGAGGGUCGAUCCUAGCCUCGCUCAGCACUUUCCAACAGAUGUGGAUAUCAAAGGAGGAGUAUGAUGAGUCUGGCCCGGCAAUUGUUCACAGGAAGUGCUUCUAG